AUGCCGCUGCUGCACCGAAAGCCGUUCGAGCGCCGGGCGCCGCCGGCCGACCUGCGGCCCGAAGAGGAAGUUUUCUACUGUCGAGUCACCCGCGAGAUCUUCCGCCGCUACGAUGACUUUUUUGAACGAACCAUACUGUGCAACAGUCUUGUGUGGAGUUGUGCCGUGACGGGUAGACCUGGACUGACUUAUCAGGAAGCACUUGAGUCAGAAAAAAAAGCAAGACAGAAUCUUCAGAGUUUUCCAGAACCACUAAUUAUUCCAGUUUUAUACUUGACCAACCUUACCCAUCGUUCACGCUUGCAUGAAAUUUGUGAUGAUAUUUUUGCAUAUAUCAAGGACCGAUAUUUUGUUGAAGAAAUUGUGGAAGUCAUUAGGAACAAUGGUGCAAGGUUACAGUGUAGGAUUUUGGAAGUCCUUCCUCCAUCACAUCAAAAUGGUUUUGCUAAUGGACAUGCCAGCAGUACAGAUGGAGAAACUAUUAUUAUAAGUGAUAGUGAUGAUUCAGAAACACAAAGCAGUUCUUUUCAAAAUGGGAAGAAAAAAGAUGCACUUGAUCCUUUAUUAUUCAAGUACAAGGUACAACCCACUAAAAAAGAAUUAUAUGAAUGUGCUGUCGUUAAAGCAACACAAAUAAGCCGGAGAAAACACCUAUUUUCCCGUGAUAAACUAAAACUUUUUCUGAAACAACACUGUGAACCACAAGAUGGAGUUAUUAAAAUUAAGGCAUCAUCUCUUUCAACAUACAAAAUAGCAGAACAAGAUUUUUCUUAUUUUUUCCCUGAUGAUCCACCUACGUUUAUCUUCAGUCCUGCCAACAGAAGAAGAGGGAGACCUCCCAAACGAAUGUCCAUUAGUCAGGAUGACAACAUUAUUAAUAAACAGACUAUUACAGGCUAUAGGAACAAAAUUACUAAGGAAAGAGACAAACUUUUAAAACAAGAAGAAAUGAAGUCAAUAGCUUUUGAAAAGGCUAAAUUAAAAAGAGAAAAAGCAGAUGCACUAGAAGCAAAGAAAAAAGAAAAGGAAGACAAAGAGAAGAAGAAAGAAGAGUUGAAGAAAAUUGUUGAAGAAGAAAGACUGAAGAAGAAAGAAGAAAAAGAGAGGCUUAAAAUAGAAAGAGAAAAGGAAAGAGAGAAAUUACGAGAAGAAAAGCGAAAAUAUAUGGAAUACUUAAAACAGUGGAGUAAACCUCGAGAAGAUAUGGAAUGUGAUGAUCUUAAGGAACUUCCAGAACCAACUCCAGUGAAAACUAGACUACCUCCUGAAAUCUUUGGUGAUGCCCUGAUGGUUUUAGAGUUCCUUAAUGCAUUUGGAGAACUUUUUGAUCUUCAAGAUGAGUUUCCUGAGGGAGUAACCCUAGAAGUAUUAGAGGAAGCUCUUGUAGGAAAUGACAGUGAAGGCCCACUAUGUGAAUUGCUUUUUUUCUUCCUGACUGCCAUCUUCCAGGCGAUAGCUGAAGAAGAAGAAGAGGUAGCCAAAGAGCAAAUAGCUGAUGCUGGUACCAAAGAUUUAACAGAGGCUUUGGAUGAAGAUGCAGACCCCACAAAAUCUGCACUGUCUGCAGUUGCAUCUUUGGCAGCUGCAUGGCCACAGUUACAUCAGGGCUGCAGUUUGAAAAGCUUGGAUCUUGAUAGCUGCACUCUUUCUGAAAUCCUCAGACUACACAUCUUAGCUUCAGGUGCUGAUGUAACAUCAGCAAAUGCAAAGUACAGAUAUCAAAAACGAGGAGGCUUUGAUGCUACAGAUGAUGCUUGUAUGGAACUUCGUUUGAGUAAUCCUAGCCUUGUGAAGAAACUGUCAAGCACUUCAGUGUAUGACUUGACACCAGGGAAAAAAAUGAAGAUACUUCAUGCCCUUUGUGGGAAACUACUGACCCUAGUUUCUACUCGGGAUUUCAUUGAAGAUUAUGUUGAUAUAUUAAGGCAAGCAAAGCAGGAAUUUAGAGAGUUAAAAGCAGAACAACAUAGAAAAGAAAGGGAAGAAGCAGCUGCUAGAAUUCGUAAAAGAAAGGAAGAAAAACUUAAGGAGCAAGAACAGAAAAUGAAAGAGAAACAAGAAAAACUAAAGGAAGAUGAGCAAAGAAUUUCAGCUGCAGAUAUAUCUGUUGGGGAAGAAGAAAGGGAAGAUUUUGAUACUAGCACUGAGAGCAAAGAAAUAGAACAAAAGGAACUUGAUCAAGAUACAGUGACUGAGGAUGAAGAUGAUCCAGGAUCACAAAGAGGAAGAAGGGGGAAACGGGAACAAAAUGGAUUUAAGGAAUUUACAAGGCAAGAAGUCAGUUGUGUCACAAGAGGAACUAUCACUGCUGACGAGGAAGACUCUUCAAAGCAGGAACACCAACAGAAAGAGAAAGAACUCCUAGAAAAAAUUCAAAGUGCCAUAGCAUGUACCAAUAUCUUUCCUUUGGGCCGUGACCGUCUGUAUAGGCGAUACUGGAUUUUCCCUUCUAUUCCUGGAUUGUUUAUUGAAGAGGAUUACUCAGGUCUCACUGAAGACAUGUUGUUGCCUAGACCUUCAUCAUUUCAGAAUAAUGCACAGUCUCUAGAUCCUCAGGUAUCUACCAAAGCUGAUGAGUCUUUAAAGUCGGAAUCUACCUCCAUCAUUGACCAAGGUCCCUGUGAUGAUUCUCUGCAGCUGCCAAAACCAGUGCAUAAGCCAAAUCGGUGGUGCUUUUACAGUUCUUGUGAACAACUAGACCAGCUUAUCGAAGCUCUUAAUUCUAGAGGACAUAGAGAAAGUGCCUUAAAAGAGACUUUGUUGCAAGAGAAAAGCAGAAUAUGUGCACAGCUAGCCCAUUUUUCUGAGGAGAAAUUUCAUUUUUCAGACAAACCACAAACUGAUAACAAACCUACAUUUAUUCGGGGAAGAUCUUUCAACACAUAUGAUCCAUCACAGAUGUCUGCAGAAAGGCAGCUUGAAUUGAGACUGAGAGAUUUUCUUUUAGAUAUUGAAGACAGAAUCUAUCAAGGGACAUUAGGAGCAAUCAAGGUUAUAGAUCGACACAUCUGGAGAUCAGCAUUAGAAAGUGGACGGUAUGAACUAAUAAGUGAAGAAAACAAGGAAAAUGGAAUAGAUAAAACUGUGAAUGAAAAUGUUGAAGAGAUGGAAAUUGAUGAUCAAGCAAAGGUCAUAGUAAAAGACAGACUUUUGGGCAUAAAAACAGAAACUCCAAGUACUGUCUCAACUAACGCAAGUACUCCACAAUCAGUGAGCAAUGUGGUUCAUUAUUUGGCAACAGCUCUUUUUCAAAUAGAGCAGGGCAUUGAGCGGCGGUUUCUCAAAGCUCCACUCGAUGCCAGUGACAACAGCCGUUCCUACAAAACUGUUUUGGACCGAUGGAGAGAGUCUCUUCUUUCUUCUGCUAGUCUAUCCCAAGUCUUUCUUCAUCUGUCCACCUUGGAUCGUAGUGUGAUAUGGUCUAAAUCUAUAUUGAAUGCUCGUUGCAAGAUGUGCCGAAAGAAAGGUGAUGCUGAAAACAUGGUGCUUUGUGAUGGCUGUGAUCGGGGUCAUCAUACCUACUGUGUUCGCCCAAAACUGAAGACUGUGCCUGAAGGAGAUUGGUUUUGUCCCGAGUGUCGGCCUAAACAACGUUCUAGAAGACUCUCAUCUAGACAGAGACCAUCUUUGGAAAGUGAUGAAGAAGUGGAAGACAAUUUGGAAGGUGAGGAUGAUGAAGGUGAUGAUGGUGAGGAAGAGAGUCAAAGUGAGGAAGAAGAGUAUGAGAUUGACCAAGAUGAAGAUGACUCUCAGGAAGAGGAAGAAGUCAGCCCACCCAAACGAGGAAGACCACAAGUUAGAUUGUCAAUUAAAACAAGAGGGAAACUUAGCUCUUCUUUCUCAAGUCGUGGCCAACGACAAGACUCUGGAAGAUACUCUUCAAGAAGUCAGCAAAGUACACCAAAAUCUACUGCUUCUAAAACUCCUAGUAGAAGCCUAAGAAAGAUAAAAUCUGCUCCUCCUACAGAAACUAAAUCUUUAAGAAUUGCCAGUCGUUCUACUCGCCAGAGUCACAUCCCACUGCAAGCAGAUGUAUUUGUAGAACUACUUAGUCCUCAUAGAAAGCGCAGAGGCAAGAAAUGUGCUCAAAGCACACCAGAAAACAGUCCCAGCCUCCCUAACUUUAGAAUCAUUGGAACAACAUCGAGUGAGCAGUCACAAUCUCUUAAUGUUGCUUCAAAGCUUACUCUCCAAGAUAGUGAUUCCAAGAGAAAAUGCAGGAAAAGACAAACUACAGAAUCACCUCCUGUAAUAAAUAGAAGGAGUUCAGGCCGACAAGGAGGAGUUCAUGAACUGUCUGCUUUUGAACAGCUUAUUGUGGAGUUAGUACGGCAUGAUGACAGUUGGCCUUUUUUGAAACUUGUUUCUAAAAUUCAGGUCCCAGACUAUUAUGAUAUUAUCAAAAAGCCCAUCGCCUUAAAUAUAAUUCGUGAAAAAGUGAACAAAUGUGAAUAUAAGUUAGCAUCUGAGUUUAUUGAUGAUAUCGAAUUAAUGUUUUCGAACUGCUUUGAGUACAAUCCUCGUAACACAAGUGAAGCAAAAGCUGGAACUAGACUGCAAGCAUUUUUUCACAUUCAGGCUCAAAAGCUUGGACUCCGUGUCUCACCUGCAAAUGUGGAUCAAGUUAAUGCACCUCCAGCUGCAAAAAAGUCACGAAUCUGAUUGUGUCCUUCUAAAGGAUAUUUGAGGAAAAAAUAUUGUUCAUGAAAUGGAACGUUAAAUCAUGCUCAAAGCAGAUAUAUGUGUAUAAAGCAAUAACAACUGAUUGACCACACUGAAGUGUGGCCUGCACUAUAUUCUCAAUUUUAAUAUUAAGCACUCAGGAGAAUGUAGGAAAGAUUUCCUUUGCUACAGUUUUAUUCAGUAUCUAAUAAAUUUAAUAGAUGUUAUUGGAUACAGUACUGGUUUACAGAUGGUUUUGUACAUUUUGAGAUCAUUCAUGUGCCCCAAUAUCUUAGAAAAUAUUUUUCACCAUGACUAUUUUUGUCAUUGGUGAUAUUUUUUUUGAAAGUGUGAUAUUAAUGAACUUAUUCAUUGAAAUAAACCUCUAUGAUAGCACAAUUUAGGGGGAAAGUGUAUAUGUCUAAAAAUUGAGUACAUUCUUUUAACACUACACAUGAGUGAAUUCAAUUUUAUAUUCUUGAAGUGCUGUACCAGUGCUUGCUGGAGGUAUUAAGUUUGAGUUUAUUAACUAGCUAUUUAUUUAGCAUUCAGAGUAAUUUGUGAAUUUGUUUUGUAUUUAUAAAAUUUGUACCUGGAAAAUGUUCUUUAAUUUUUUAAGCAUAUUACUGUGUUUUAUUUUAUUUCUCUAACUUCCUUAAUCAGUCAAUAAAAGAUAACACCCUCCCUUUCCCCUGGCAUUUCUUUUGGUUUUUCAAACUGUAAUAUAAAUUUCUAAGUACAUUUUUUUAAGUGUACAAAUAAAAAGAUACUUUUUUUGCAA